AUGGACAGCAAAAAGUCCGAGAUACUUUACGCGGAGAGCAGCGGUGAGGGCGAGAUCGAGCUAUGCAAAAUCGAACCCUCCAUCGUCGCUGCUGUGGACGACCGUGAUCAGUUGGUCAAGCUGGGAAAGAAACCGGUACUCAAGCGCAAUUUUAACUUUGUGUCGAUUCUCAGUCUCAGCGUCACCGUGCUCAUCACAUGGGAGGCGUCCCUCGUUCUCUUCUCCCAGGGUUUGGAGAAUGGCGGCCCCGGUGGCCUCGUAUAUACCUACAUUAUAAUUUGGGUCGGCAACCUGAGCACAUUCACCGCCCUAUGCGAAAUGGUCUCCAUCGCACCCACGUCUGCAGGACAGUACCACUGGGUAUGGAUGCUCGCGCCAAAAAAGAGCCGCAAUCUGCUGAGUUUCGUCACGGGCUGGCUCACCGCAGCAGGCUGGCAGGCCAGCGUCGCAUCGGCCGCCUAUCUCUGCGGUAACCUUUCACAGGGGCUCGCCCUUCUCUCGGCGCCGUCUUACCAGCCGUCAGGUUGGCAGAACACGCUGCUCAGCAUUGGGACGAUGGUGGUUUGCUGGUUCAUUGCCAUCUUCCUCAACUUUCUGCUGCCAAAGAUUGAGAUUGCCAUCCUGGUGAUGCACCUCACAGCCUUUGUUGGCAUUCUGGUUACUUUAGUGACAAUGGGCGAGCACGGCGAUGCCGCGAGCGUUUUUCAAACGUUUAUGAAUGGUGGCAACUGGCCAACACAGGGUCUUUCCGUCCUGGUAGGCAUGAUUGGCAACGCCUUUGCUUUUAUUGGCGCCGAUGCGGCCUUUCACUUGGCCGAAGAAAUUCAAAAACCGUCCAUCUACAUCCCACGAGCGAUGGUCUCUGGCAUGCUCAUCAAUGGCGUCCUCGGCCUUUCAAUGCUCAUUGCCGUCUGCUUCAGUCUCGUUAACUUGCCUGACGGCCCACCCCAGUUCAUCUUUCCCAUGCUGGACGUUUUCUAUGCUGUCACCAAAUCGGCAGCUGCCGCCGCCGCCAUGGGCUCUAUCAUUGCCACUAUGGGCAUCUGUGCAUUAAUUGGCCUGUACGUCUCGGCGUCGCGCGUCUUGUGGUCCUUUGCGCGUGAUCAUGGCGUCCCAUUCUGGCAGACUGUCUCCAAGGUCAAUCCAAGCAGCCAGGUUCCAGUAUGGGCAGUUUCCAUUACUGGUAUCAUUACCUGUCUCCUCACACUCAUCAACAUUGGCUCCGAGGUGGCCCUGAAUGACGUACUGUCUCUAUCAAUCUCAUGUCUAUACGCUUCAUACCUCAUCACACUUUCAUUAUUUCUAUGGCGUCGAGUCACUGGUGCCGUCGCCGAACCGCGCGAUGAUGAACAAGAGACUGCUUUGCCGGACGAGCUGGUAUGGGGCCCGUGGCGUCUCAAUGCCAUGCUAGGCACAGCGAACAAUGUUUUUGCGUGCCUAUACCUGAGUUUUGUCUUGUUCUUCAGCUUCUGGCCUCCCGCAACACCUGUCAGAGCUGAAACUAUGAACUAUUCUUUCUUGGGCACAGGAGCUGUCAUGGGUUGUAGUGCCAUAUACUACGUUUUCCGGGCCAAGAAACAGUACAACGGCCCCGUCGUUGAGGCUUGA